AUAAAAUAUUAAAAUUUAAGGACGGUUAGGCUUUUACAAUUUACUUUUAUUUUCAUUGAUUCUCAUACCAGUUAAACUGCUGAACAAUUUUAUUUUUUCAAUGGUGUUGUUGAGGGCCACAUCAGUGCAAACAGAUUACAUAAAAACUUAAAGUUUACAAGUGAAGAUAAACAACAAAAUGAAAUUAAUUUCUUAGAUGUCACCAUAAAAAAAGAGAAGAAACAAGUGUAUCAUUUAGUAAGUAUGAAAAACUAUGUAAUAAUGGUAAAACUAUUAACUUUAAAUCUUACUGUCCUUUAGAAAAUAAAAGAAUGUCUUUAUUAUGGAAUUGAGAAAAAUAUUAAAUCGAACAACUCAGCAAGAAAAUAUAAACAUCGAAGUAAAACAAUUGUUUAAAAAAUUUCAGUUAAAUGAUUAUCCGAAGUAUAUUCUCUUUGCGAAUCAAAAGAAUAAGAUGUCAAACAUUAUCAACAUAAUAAAUAGUGAAAAUUCGCCCAGAGACCAAUUUAAGAUCGCCGGUGUCGUAUAUAGAAUGUCAUGUACAUGUGGAAGCCCAAAUUAUUACAUUGGAGAAACCGGAAGAAGAUUGGAGUUGAGAGUAAAGGAACAUGAGGCGGCCAUUAGACUGAGAAGAAUGGAAUCAGCAUGGUUUUUACAUUGUAGAGAAUUUAAUUGUAAUAUAAAUAUAAAAAAUACUAAAAUAUUGUAUAGAAUAGAAAAUAAUUUAGAAAGAAAAAUUGUAGAACAUUUUUGUAUCGCCGAACAUGUAAAUUUGCUUAAUUUGAAUGCUGGAAUGAUUGUUGAUGCAUGAUGGGAACGGCUGUUGGGUAUAAAACG